AUGGCGGCAGCUGCGGCGGCGAGCGGGGCGACGGCGGCGGUGGAAAGCGUGGUGGUGGUGCACAACGUGGCCAAACGGCACAACGUGGGGACGCUGGCGCGGAGCGCGACGGCCUUUGGCGACAAGAGGGGGUGUGACAUUUGCGGCGUGGAGAUCACCGACGACGCGCUGCCUGUGACGGCCCACCCGUUCCGCAGGAGCACCGCGUUCCUCUUCGGCAAUGAGAGGGGGGCCCGGAUGGAGAUUACUCAACUUCAAAUAGUCAACAUAUGCAAUCACAAAUGUGUCAUCGCCGCGCAUUCAAUCAUUUUGUACUUUCCAUAUUGUGCAAGUACCAUGUCAGUGUCUGCUGAUUGUGUCAUUGUUGGUACAGGACUCUCACAAAAGGAGUGUGAGGUCUGUGACUUCUUCGUCUACAUCCCUCAGUAUGGUGGCGGAACUGCAUCACUCAAUGUUACCGUUGCAGCAUCGAUUGUUCUCCACCACUUCGGGGUCUGGGCAGGCUUUCCUGAAAGAAGCCGAGAAGGCAGUAAAUUUGUGGUUGCUGAGAAACCAAAGGGGCAGUCGAGGGGGCUCUACUGCUCAGAUUCAAUAGAAGACGUGAUUGAAGAGCGAAAGGCACGCAGAGAAAAUGCCUGCGAUAUAUUCGAGGAAAAUGGAAGUAGCCAUCCGCAAGAAUCAAAUGGUCUAGGAAUGAUGUUUACAGACUAA